AUGAGACUGCGGCUGCGUCUGCUGGUUCUGUGCUUGAUGAUAAUCCUAUUUGUGGUCUACAACAUGGCAAGCUACCAACGCAGACAGACAGUGUUGGAUGAAGACGCUCCCCCGUUUGAUACGAUGAUGGGGUCUGACAGGGCUGCUGUUAAGGCAUCUGGGACUGGGAGAGCUACUGCCAAGGUGUCACACGGAGCUGCUUCUACUGCUAGGGUCGGGUUUUUGCCUCAUGGUAUAGUGGAGCCUUACUCCGACAUGGAGCUCAAGCCAUUAUGGCUCACAAGAAGCGUGCAAUCACCGCAGGAGUCUAACCAGAAAGACAGGUGCUUGAUUGCUAUCCCUGCUGGUAUCAAUCAGAAGAAAAGUGUAGAUGCUCUUAUGAAGAAGUUUCUUGCAGAGAACUUUACAGCUAUAUUGUUCCACUACGAUGGGAAGGUCAAUGAGUGGAAUGAUCUACCAUGGAGCAAAAGUGUGAUACACAUCGCUGCUUCUAAUCAGACAAAAUGGUGGUUUGCUAAAAGGUUCCUCCAUCCUGCCGUCGUCUCGAUGUACAAGUAUAUAUUUCUUUGGGACGAAGAUCUUGAAGUAGAUAAUUUUAACCCAAGAAGGUACUUGAAUAUAGUGAAAUCAGAAAGGCUGGAGAUAUCCCAACCUGGUCUUGACCCUAAGUUAUCUGAAAUUCAUCAUCCGAUAACUGUUCGUAAGAAAACAGGGAGUUUCCACAGAAGAGUCAGUCGGGCUAAUAAAGAUUGUUCAAGAGAAGGGCCACCUUGUUCUGGAUGGGUCGAGGGCAUGGCACCGGUUUUCUCGAAAUCUGCUUGGCAAUGUGCUUGGCAUCUCAUCCAGAAUGAUCUUGUCCAUGGAUGGGGUAUUGAUUACAAGUUUGGAUACUGCGCCCAGGGUGACAGGACAAAGAACAUUGGAGUAGUUGAUAGCGAAUUUGUAGUCCAUCGAGGAGUACAGACCUUAGGAGGUUCUGCAAUGACAAAGCGUACCCGCGGCAAGAGCUCACAUGCACUCCGUCAGAGAACUGCUCAAGUGCAGCAACAAACGAGAGGGAAGGCAGCAAGCCUUGACAUGAGGACAAAGGUCAGGAGAAAAUCACGGGUGGAGCUUCGUGAUUUCCAGAAGCGCUGGGAGCGCGCCGCGAGGGAAGAUAGAACAUGGAUUGAUCCAUUCACUCGCUCACGGAGAAAGAGGAGGAACAGACCAGCAGUAGAUUAG